CAACAGCUGGAGGCACCCUGGUUGGGUAACACUGGAUUAGUUAAUGAUGAGGAGGGAGAGUGCUGCGCUCAUGGGUUGGCUCCAUCACUGGCAGGUUGGGUCCAGACCGUCUCAUUGGUGGCCCGGCCUCUCUGGAGAGAAGACCUGGAGUCCUAUGCGGAAUCCCUGUGUGUGGUCCUCAGGACUGUCUGGUGAAGAACCAUCCGGAUCAUCAUGUUCACUGUGGGAAGGUUCAUGAACCACAGAGCCCCGGCAAACAGCCGCUAUAAACCCACCUGCUAUGAACAUGCUGCCAACUGCUAUACACAUGCAACCAAAGAAGAAACCUAUAAUGUGGAAGCAACAGCCGUACCAAAGCAAAGAGUUGAAUGAUCUGAUGUGACAGCGAGAGGUUCAUGAAGAGGACAUGUGCUGUAGACAGAGCCAGGCAUCCAGAUAGAGCAUUCCUCAUCGUCCCAUCUAUCGUGGGAAGUGCUUUAUUACACCGCAUGUCAGAUGACCGAUGGGAGCGGAUAACAGCAUGGAUUUAUGGAAUGGGCUUGUGCACCCUUUUUAUAGUGUCUACUGUAUUUCACAUAGUCACCUGGAAGAAAAGUCAUCUAAGGACUGUAGAGCACUGUUUCCACAUGUGUGACAGAAUGGUCAUCUACUUUUUCAUUGCGGCUUCCUAUGCCCCAUGGUUGAAUUUAAGGGAAUUGGGACCCCUGGCCUCUCAUAUGAGAUGGUUUAUUUGGUUGAUGGCUGCAGGAGGAACCAUUUAUGUGUUUUUAUACCAUGAAAAGUAUAAGAUUGUUGAAUUGCUCUUCUACCUAGCAAUGGGAUUUUCUCCAGCUUUAGUAGUGACAUCAAUGAACAAUACAGAGGGCUUACAAGAACUUGCCUGGGGAGGGCUGAUCUACUGCUUAGGUGUGGUGUUCUUCAAGAGCGAUGGAAUCAUCCCGUUUGCACAUGCCAUCUGGCAUCUCUUUGUGGCACUUGCAGCUGCGGUGCAUUAUUAUGCCAUCUGGAAAUACCUGUACAAAAGUCCGUCUUCAGAUCUGAUCCGACACGUAUGACGGAACGAAGCAGAGAAAACAAUAUCAGUAUUACUUGAUUUUGGCAAAGAAUGUACGAUAUGGCGAUUGGAGGUAUUGUGUUCUACCGAAAAAAUGCACUGAAGUAUCCGGUUCUCUACAACCUACUGUGAACAAGAUGUGAAUCUUAAUAGUAGUUAUAAUGAGGCCCAUUCCUCAGCCAACAUUUUGCCCCUGGCUGGCCUGGUCUAAGACGUUCCUGCGCUUCUCGGCCAUGGAAGUGCUCUACAGCCGUCUCUUAGAGCCAGUCAAGCCGGGUCCUGCAACUGGCUCAUCUAAUGUUUACAAUGCGUGAGAUUCUUUUUCUAUCUGGUUUGAUGAUCCUUUUUAAACAGAUUGUAUUUCUUUACGAGUUUAAUUCAAACAUUUCAAGAUUUAAAAUGCAAGUAAUUAAAAUAAAUGAGGGUAUUUUCCUUCCUCCGUUUCUACAAGCACUUAAAGAAAAGAAGAAAAAAACUAAAAUAUCAAUACAUUCCAAAAGCUAAGCUGCUUACGCUUGUAAAAGGAGA